AAAUGUACAAUAUCUUAAAUAAGAAUGCUUCAAAGGCCCUUGGAAUUGUUUUUAAAGUAUUUCACAAUUCUGCAGCUAAAUAUUCCAAUACAAAUAGUUUUAUUUGCUUGUUUUUUGCCCUCAAGAGAAAUUUUUAAAACUUCCAUGCUACAUUAUAUUAAUUUCUUAUUUGACUUCAUAAGCAUUACAGUAACCAUUCUUCCAUUUCAUAGGAAAUAUCAUUUAGUUAAAGUGAGGAACCAGCACUGCAGAUUUUAUUGUUCAUUCUCAUAUUAACUUAAAACGCUCUGCUUCUCUCAUCUGUGAUUAAGUAGUUGCUUUAGUUAACAUAUUAAUAUUUUGGUAUCCCUUCCAGGGAACAGUGUUCAAUUUUCUUUCCUGUUAUAGGUGAUCUGAACUUCCAUUCUGGUUUUCUCCUUUAUGACAUUAAGUGUAAGAAAGAGUUGCUAUGGAAGACUGUGUUGUUUCUGUGAAACACUAUAGGUUUUAUAGGAAGGAGAUUUUACUGUUAUCCUUUCAGUAGCCCUCAUCAUUGCUGGAUAUACAUAGAAAAUGAAAUGAAAAUGCUGAAUACACUGACUUCUAAGUUGUCACUACUAGAAGUCAUGUAUAACAUGUUUAGGUGAGGCUUCAGUCCAUAGUUACCUUCAGAUUAUUUUUAUCUGUUUGACAUUCAGGAAGACAAGACUGCAUGAGUUUACAUUUAGUCUGCUGGGUUUCCUGAACAGUCUUGUUGGUUGUAUUGUGUGUUGAGCAUUCAGAUGUUGCUCCCAAAUCCUAAAAGCUAUGUUAGUAUCUAUAGAAUAUGUAGAAUCUGUCAAAGCUGUAGUCUAUGUAGUCACUAGCUAAAAAAAAAAAAAAAAUCAGGGAACACUUAAUGUGUAAUUUAGAGUCUUCAUUGCUUUUUAUAUGUACAGAAAUCUUCCUUUUUUUUAGUUAGAUGGAUAGUCAGAAUAACCAUCUAGCUAAAGGUGAACCAAGCAGCUGCUUUGAGAGGUUUAUUUCCCCAGUAAAUGUAACAGUAUUAUGUUAUUUAUAAAUACAUUUGAAAUGUUUUUAAGGAGGUGUUAGCUAAAAUUUAACAUGCUGAACUACAUCCGUCUUCCAGUGAAGUUUCUGUUAAAGAGAGGAAGGAAAAAAAUAAAUUUCUUUAGAUAACCAUGUUAUUUUGAACUAUGUUCAGCUGCUCCAGAUUUCCUGCUGUAAAAGCCAAUUAUUUCUGGCAGUCCUUAACUUAAUAAAACCUUCUGCAAAUGACAGCUUUAUUUUUCAGUUAUCCAUAUAAUUUAAGAAAGCUGCUUCUCUAAUAAAAAGUCUCUCUUUAGUGGAUGUAUUUAUAUCAAGGCUAUGAAAAUUUCACUUAUACAAUUGAUAGACUGCCAAACUUAGCUUCAGACCGAGUGUGUGAAAUUGAUUCUGUCAAUUGAUUGCUUCUUUUGGUAGAACAGUGUGAGUCACUCUGGUUUUGCUGUAUCUCAGGGAUUAUACUACACAUACUUGCUGCGUCCUGUAUCUGCAGGCUUCUUGUGCAAGUCCAUUUGCACAGUUGAAGCAAAAAAAGUUUUAAAUGGAAUACAGUAUCUAAACAAAAUGUUUGGAAUAAUGUUUUUUCAAGAAAAGCUAUAGUAAUUUUUCCUGUUGGAAUGCCUCACCAGCCAGUUUCCUGAUUAGAUUUUACUUUGGAUAUCCAAGGUAAGUUCAGGAUUUCUCAACUGCAGAGGCAGAACAAAAUUUUGUCUUCUGUGGAUGACUGAUAGGCUGUCUUGGGAAGGCCAAGGUGAGAGUGAGAUUCUUCCCUCAGCUUGCUGCUCUGUGGUGGUCAGGAUUGGUAAGGGUAGCAAGCUCAGAUUUUCAAGGUUCUCUGGAAAGGAGAACAGGCAUCUGUGCUGUGUCUAACACUUUCUGAGAAUUUUUUUCCUUUUGCCAGUUGCUUUCUCUAGCCUGUAGCUGAAGCACUGGUUUAUUUUAGAGAGGGGAGAGAGGUAGUAGACAAAAGCAGUGGGGGGAAAAUGAAGAUGACAUGUAUUCUCAUUCUUCCCUCAGAGUUGUUUUAUGGGUAAGAUGUUGGGGAAAGUUUUAAACAGUGACCAGUUUUAUUCUCUGUGUAAACUCUGUAGUAUUACUUCAUGGAUUUUAAUUGUUUCUCUAGUUAGUGAUCAGGUUUAUAAUGACAAAUAUGUGGAACUCUAGACUUUCUGCCUUUUAGGAGAAGGUAAAAGGUAAGUUCUAUCAUUAUUAAUUUAAAAUGAGCUUGAUACAAAUAAUUUUCUGUUUCAAGUACAAUACCUUUGACAGUGUCAUGAGUGAAGGAUUUUAGAGCAGAUAAGACAGUAUUCACUGCAGAGCAGUUGUUCACAAUGGCUCUUGGGCUAACUAGUUUGACUAAGCAGGUUAUGAAGUGACAAAUUGUUAGCCACAUUAAUUUUCUCACCUAGGCAGUACCAUCCAGAGAUAGAUAUAUGGCAUGCUUUUGGUAUCAACAGUAGUGCUGCAUUUUAAUCAUGUAUGCAUGUCCUUUGAUCUAGCAUCCUGUUUAUCUUUCCACAGCUGCACAUUGUGUUAGUGGUUAGAAAUUCAUAAUAAAAAAAGAACAAUAACUGCUGCUUUCCUGAUUAGUGUGUUGCAGCACCUUUUCAUGGAACAGUAAUUUCCUGGUAUUACUUAGGGGUUUGCCCAAAUUGAAUGCUGUGUAAUUGUCUGCUUUUGCUGUCAAAGUGCGGUCAGUUAACGUUAGCAUGUUUUUUGGUGUUUGACAGAUACAUGCAUUGGCAAUAUUUUCCGUAUUUUUUAUUCUCACUGCCUGUUUAUUGCUCAUCCGUCCACAUGCAUUUUCAUUAAUUUAUUAAAAAAAUCUUACUAUUUUAUAAAAUAGGUAGAAGACUUCUGUCUUUAAACUGUUGCAUAUAACAGUGGGGACCAGUAACAUUCAGGCAGUAAGGAUGUGGAGUGAGUGUCUCCAUGUUAAGUGCUUGAGGAAAGUGUAGAUAGACACACAGUAGCUCUAACAGGAGUGGUUUUUUGAAAAACAUGCAAGGACUUGAAGUUUUUUGGAGGAAAAUUGUAUUUAAGCUGUGUGAGACAUGAGGUGUGACAGCAACCUUAUGGAUGAGUAAAGUCACAAAUGUCAUGAUUUUCCUGCUGUUGUAUUCAGUCAUAUUUGUGCUUGUCGACAACCUUAAUGGCUUAUUUGUGAACAUACAAGAGUACAAGCUGCAAGAGUAUUCUUCAAGGCUGAAUUGAGUUUUAUUAUAUGUGCCCUUGGUCCCUAAAGUAGUGCCUAGUGACUAUGUUCAGUAGCAGCAUUCUACCUCUUGUUUGUUGCAGAAAAUGUGUGGGCCUCCACCACUAUCUAGGGUUCUGCAUUUUGAGCUCUUCAGCAUCCUUUGUAGUUCCUGAUGCCAAAGUGGCUAAAAUAGUACUAUGGCCUCUUCUCCUACCCAUAUCUGUCUAUCUGGAAAUAAUUAGCUUGCUUACUGCAGUAUAACAUCAGUAUUACAGUGUUUUGGAAUGUCCUCCUUUGGGGAUAUUGAAAGCUUUUAGUGAUUUAUUUAGCCAAGUAGAUAUCUUUUUUAUUCCUGCAGUUGUGUGUAUUUUACUGGAACACAACACUGAAAGAUGGUAAAGAGUGACAGGAACAUUUAUUCUCUAAUAAGGAAGUGGAAACAGAUUUUGGAAGGAUUAUAGUGUCGAGGAUCAGCCUUGUUUGGGGUGGUGCCUGACUGUAGCCACAGGUAGCAUUUGACACCAUGUUGAAAGCUAAGCACUCCCCUUCUGCAGGUGAGUGUUAUUUCUGUUGUCUGUCACUCUUGUAUGGGAGAUUGCCAUGUUUACUUUUACUCAGUGCUUUCCAAAACAGGCCACAAAUUGUAGUCCUUGAGGAUAGGGUCAUUUUUGGUGGAACUGCCUCUGUAGAGUGGUACCAUUCUGAAGCAGAGAAGACUUUACUGAGCUUAAAAUAUGGAGUAUUUUAAUUUGGUUUUGGUUUCUGGUACAUGAGUAGUUUUCAUUUUACCCCUUUGAGUUAAGUAUGUUUACAUAUUGUGGGGAAGGGGUUAAGAGGUUCCCCAGGUUUCUAGUAAAUUCAUGUAAAUGAAUGUCUGCUUUUUCUCAUUGUGUAUCAAGUCUGAUACGUCAGCUAGUAUGAGUUCUGCCAGUUAGAUAAUUGGCAUUUUGUGAGUGUAAGCACUUACAGCAUGCAAUUAUAAAUCUUCAUUUGAUUAUUAUAGAGUUUUGCCUCUGUCAUUUGUUAAAAUUACUUAGUUAGAAAUUUAAUUUUUCUCUCAAAAAGUUGUCUAUAUGUACUGUUAGUUAAAUGGCAAGAAAGUGCCUAAUGAAAUGUCAUGCUCUCUUCAGGAUUGUUAUGUCCUCAUUUAUAAAGUCAGAAUUUCUUACAUAAUUACUUGUACAUCCUCCUUUCUUUAUAGGGAUGAUACUCUGAAACUAUUUUAUCUUCCCUUCCAUUUUUUUAAUCCCUCUAGUUGAAGGAAUGCCCACCCACACCUCUAAUAGACUAUUAGCAUUUAAAGGAGCUCUUUAAAUUAUGAUUUUGCAGUUGUCAUCAGUGUUUGGCCUUGGAUUUAUUUAGCUUGCCUGACAGGUAACAGUGCAGUUUUAAUGAUAAGAGUGAAAAAUGUGGCUUUGGUCUUAGUCUGACUAUCAGAGUCUGCAUAAUUCAGAAGGUUACAGAGAGGCAGGUUACCAACUGCCAGCUUCUUUAAUUGCAUGUCACAUUAUGGCAUUGGCAAAAGGAUGCACUCAUUAAACUUUCCUUGUUCACAGUCUCCAUCAGUUUUUCUCCUACACUUAAUAGCUAAUAUGGACUGGUCAGGAGCAUAUUAUCUUUUCCCCUAAGACGGUUAAGCCUUCAUUUCAAAGAAGAAUAUACCAAAUGAUAGCAAGAAAUUAUGUCACUAAUUGCAGCUAAACUGCUGCAAAAAAAUAAAUUACAGUCAUAAGGGUUUGGUUGCUGCUGAUAUCUUGGUUUUGUUUAUGGCCUAUAUAAAAUAUUUCAGAACUCUUUCCUAAAACUAUUCUAAUUAUGAUUUACCCUAAAAUUUAAUAUUUUAAUUAUAUAAAAGCAAAAGAUAACAGACUAACUAGCUUCCUUCAAACUCUUUGCAAUGUAUGGUUUACAUGUUUGCAAAUUUAGAUACUGAAUGAGUAGCGACUGAAGUAUAGCAUAUUACUAAAAAUGUAUAAAUAUCACAAGAUUGUGACAAAAGUAAAAAAAUUACAAACCCAAACCACACAUUUACAGCUGUUUUUGCACCUGUGUUUGUUUGAGCCAUUUUAGUACAUCUGUUUAUCUCUCUGUGCUAUACUCUGUGAAAUUUGAGACUGCCAGAGAGUAGCUGAGAUUUUUCAAUGACUUUAACAGUGCCAGACUAUUAUGAUAAGAUACCACAAGUGAUAAACAGCACAACCCAUGUCACUACAAGACCUUCUGCAAAUAAGUACUGUCUUGAAAAAUGAGGUUUCAUAUUCAAACAUUUUAAUGAGAAAGUGAGCAUUUAAAACAAAACAUCAGGUUUUGAUAUUAAAAAAAAUGCCCAAGUAUAAAGAAAGCUUCUGUUUUGUUUGUCCUCAUUUGUGGGCUGUAACAGAAUUUUGUAGUAAUUAUGAGAAUGAAAUGCCUUCUCAAAAAUUGACUUUACUCUCUGUUUUUGAACUUCUUGCAUGUUUUCUGCUGUAUGUAAAUGGGAUUUGGAUGACUAGCUUGUGCCACCUAAUAUUAAUUAUAUUGUCUUUAAUGUAACAUGGGUGAAUUGCUUGUAUGUUCUUUCAGUUCCUUUGACCUGUCAUUUUAUGCACAAUUUGGCAAAUUGCUGUUACUUAGGCUUCAUGCUUGUAUUUACAAGGAGUCAUACAUUUACAAGGAGUUUUAAUGUUAAAAAGCCAGUAGCGUUAGUGACUUCAUCAAUAUUAGUAUGUUAAGAUAGAAUUCACUUGUGGGUUCUAAAAUAAUUUUCUCUGUUACCACAUGAAGCUGUAUUCAGGUACAAACGUUGUAGUUCUCUCUCUGCAGAAGAAAAUUUGCAGUGAAUGAAAUAUGAGAGCUGCAUAAGCUUGUUAGUGUUUCCUGCGUUUUUUCGUAGAGUUUUCAAAAAGUAAAGGAUUUUGUUUUAGUUUGAGCCACUUUGACAAAUGUUGAGCCAAGUUAUGCAUGCAUCCCACCCAGCCUUUUUUAUGGUUUCCCCCAAAAUGGUAUCAGUUAUGUGGCACAUAUUUUUGCAUCUUGUUCUUAGCAGAUACUGCUUUCACAUACUUCAACAAUAUGUAGUAUUAAUGAAAUAAUAACUCUAAAAUACAUUGCAAUCAGAUCUGCAGACCUUCGUGUGCAGUAUUGACAAAGUGUAAAGCAGGACUUCUCUAGAUUUCCUAGUGCAGAAUGGAAGAAGCCAUGUUCUGGAUUAAGAUUUUUUUUCCCUGCUUUGCGCAUGGGAUUCAACUAUUAGAAGAGUCCUUAGUGUGUUCAGAACCACAGUGGAGCUAGGGUUCGAGCCAAAAUUUUGUGACUAUCCAUAAGGUACUUUCAGUGCAAGACCACAGAGACAUUUAGCCAAUUAGUUACUGGUCAUCACCUUUUUUAUCUGGUCACUGCUCUACUGGUUCCUCUAAAUUUUCAUGCUAUCUGAUGUACUAUAGAUCUCUAUUAAUUGCCUUAGUUUUUCAAAACAUGUUGCUUCUGGCAUUUUGAAAAAAGAGAGCUCUGUGAAAUUUGCCUUUUAAAACUUUUUUUUUUUAAUUUGACUUACUUCUUGUAGCUGUAAAACGUUGUUUUACACAGCAGACCUUGGAAGAAUAAUUUUUUUGUUUGGGUUUUUUUUACAAAUAUAGGUUUCAAUAUAAAGGGACUAUAGGCAGUGAAGUCUAGGUAGAAGAUAAUUUUCUGUUUGAAGUCGCUUUCCAUCUUUUGCCUGUCUCUGAUUUUCCCCUCUUAUGACUCUACUGAUAAUCUUUUUCUGUUAUUCUUACUGUUCUGUCCCCCACAUCCAGGAUACUUCACCAUAGUUCCUGUGGACUGUAUGGUGUUUUCCUUUUAAGUAAAUGACAUGACAUUUUAUUUUACUUUUCUGAGGGGUCAACAAUUAUUUUAAAUACUGUGAAAAAAAUAUAAGUGUGAAAAUAAAUAUUCAAAUCUGAAGAAGAAUUAGUUUUCCUAUUGGUCUGUUAGUCUCAGAAAAAAAGAAACCAAUGCAGUUCUAAUUCUGGGUUGUAACUGAUUAACUGAUACACGCUUUGUCUAAAAUGACCCAUGGACCAAUUUUACUUACUUAUUUUAUUUCUUAUUAUAGACUGUAUUUGGAAGAAAGCUUCUUCAAAAGCAUCUCCUUGUCUGUUCUGCUUCCCUUUCUCAUGCAUGUCCUGCAUUUCAGAUUGGAUUAUACAGACAAAGACAUUUGGGUUAUAUUUCACCCCUUUUGUGAACUCACACUUCCUGUGUGAGAUCACAGUAGCUGAAAGGACUUGAUUCUCCUGCUGUUGUGCCUCUUUUUUGGCUAUGGCUACUGAUGGGCUUUGUCAAAUUUCUUUUGCUGAGCAGAAGGUCUUAUUGAAGUAAAAUUGUGGGCUUUUAGUUAUGUUGCUAUUUGUAGGCUUAAUCUCCCCUUUGCCCCUUUGAUGUGACUGAGCUUUGCAAGUAUUUCUUCCCUGUGAUGGAUAAACUGAGGGUGUAAUCUCUGGUCCUUAAGCAAGAGGGAUAUUUAUAGCCCAUGUAGUCUUUUUCUGCACAGGGGACACUGCAGGAAAUGAAAGCUGUGCAUGAAAGGUGUGGCUCUCAGAACCGGAAGCCAUCUCAUAGUCCUCUGUGGAUAAAUUUGUUUUGAAGAGGGUAGCCUAAAGUGAGACUUAACAAAGUGUUUGGGUCAGGUCAGAAGUACAUGUACAUAGCAGCUUAGUGCCAUAUCAUGUGGGUCUCAUGUCCUAAGAUUUCAUAGGUUUCUCUGGGAUUGCUGGCAGGUUGUGCCUCGUCAGAGGGCAGGAGACACUGGGCUCUUCCCUCCAGUGCCUUUCUUUUCCCUCCUGUCCGGACCACUGGAAUGUGUGUGCAUGUGGCAGCAGUUUGGCUCUGUAAACAGUGAACAGUGUAAGUGUUGCUACGAAUUUAAUAAAUUCUGGCUGAAGAAUAAGGGAAUUACAGGUAAUGCUAUAGUGCUGUUACAAAUAAUGGUGCUUUAUUCUGAAAGUUAGACCUAAGGUAAUACUCUUUUAAGCUCUCCUAGUUAAAUCAGUGGAUUAAAAAAAAAAAGGCAAAACAGAAAAAGAACAAAAAAAACCCCAAACAACAAAACGCAGCAGUUACAGACUGAGAUAGUUCUUGGUUUUCUAGAAACAAAUCAGUGAGAUUUCCUUUCUAACAAUACUUAUGAAGCACAGAUAAAAUGGCUUCCUGUCCCAGGGUUUCCUGUAUCCAUGGCAACCUGACUUCAGGCACUUCUUUCUUAGUUUCCUGAGCAAACUGUUGCAAACCCUGGGGCAAAAAUGUGAGUGCUGUAGUACACAGCAAUACUGCCUUUACAGAGGUUUCACAGAUGAGUGUAGUUGGGCAGCUUAUAAAAAAAUCUAGUGGACUGCAAACGGCAAAAUAACAGAAAUAAUGAACUUCAGAUUUGGGUGAAGUCAGAGAGGAGUAAGAAGGCCAAAGACAGGGAUAUGUGUGUUCUGCAAAGUUCUUCACCCUGCCCAGGAGCAUUCCUGUAUAUAUUUAAUUGUUUUCUUUUGUUGCUGCUCCAGAAGGAAGCUUUUGGCUGUCCAUCUGCUUGUCAGCUCUGCACAGGGAGACAAGUUAGCUGCCGUAAUGCAGGGCUUUCAAGCAUCCCUUGGAACCUUCCUAAAACAACAGUUCUUGUUUACCUCAGUGGAAAUAAUAUAUCACAUGUCACUCCAAAUGAUCUAAGAGGCUUUCUGAAGCUUGCUGCACUCUACAUGGAUAAUUCCAGUAUUUUGUAUGUGCACCCAAAAGCUUUUGUGGAACUCCCCAAACUCUGCUACUUGCAUCUAAAUAGCAAUCAUAUUAAACGCCUGGAUCCAGGAAUCUUUGAAGGCCUUUCCAGACUUCAUUGUUUAUACCUUCAGAAUAAUCAAAUAGCUUUUCUUCCCAGGGGAUUAUUUAGUGAUCUUCUUUCUGUUAGAUAUUUAACACUUCAAAGAAAUCGUCUCAGUGUCCUUGGAAGUGGGACUUUCUGGGGAAUGAUAAGUCUUCAGACACUAAACCUAGCAAAUAAUAAGAUUUCACGGAUAUCAGAUGCAGCAUUUCAUCAUCUUGAAAAUCUUGCAUAUUUGUUUCUUGAAGGUAACAACUUACCACUUGUGCCAUCAAAUGCUAUUGGAAGGCUCAAAAAUCUUGAAAGACUUUCUUUGUCUCACAAUCCCAUUGGAUCAAUUCAAUCUUUUGCAUUUAAGGGACUUAAUAAGCUUAAAUAUCUAUCUUUGAAAAAUGUCAAGCUAAAAUGUGUUGCUGUAAAUGGAUUUUUUGGAUUAAACAACCUUAGCCAGCUAAUCUUAAGUGAUAAUGAUUUAGAAAAUAUAAAUUCCAGCACUUUUACCUUAUUGAACAAUUUAAUGUAUCUACAACUAGACAGAAAUAAAAUAGCCAGUAUUGGCAAUGGUACCUUUGAAAAAAUGGGGCAGUCACUUAAAGUACUCAAUUUAGCAUUUAAUAAUGUCACAGAGUUACAACCUGAAGUGCUCAAGCCCUUAGUAUCUUUAACUCACCUGCAGGUACAUUCUAAUCCUUGGAACUGCAGCUGCAAAAUGCUUGCGUUUCUUAAUUGGCUCGCAUCAUCUUCUGUUUCUGCAAAAAUCCACUGUCAGUAUCCUCAGAGUAUGCGUGGUAGACCUUUGCAUUAUAUGAAAUGGGAUUGGUUUUCAAACUGCAUUGGCCCUACUGCCAGCUCGGGCUCUGCCCCAAGUCUGGGAUCUGUCAGGGUGCAUCACAGCGCUCCCACUCUGCUGAUGGCCUGGCAUAAAGGGAACAGGCGUAACACAUGGGAACAGUUUGUCACUGGAGAAACUAAGUAUAUUGGUUUCUGGGAGGGAACUGCAGCUACAUCUACCCCAUUGCCUUAUCAGGAAUAUACUGUUGAAGUGCCAUCAGAGGCAACUACAGUGUUAUCAACAUUACCAGUGCAAAUUCCAGCAGAAAUUAUACCUACUAAUAGGAAUGUAGAAGAAAAAUGGUUGUUCACAACUGAUCCUGCUCCUGUGUCAUUAAAAACAACCCUGAUUUGUACACAACAGGUUGAAAAGCUGAAUCAAGCUUUUGAUAUUUUACUAGCCUUUUUCAUUCUGGCUUGUGCUGUUAUCGUGUUCUUAACCUGUAAAAUUAUUCAGUUUAGGCAAAAACUAAAGUUGCUGGAAAACUCAGGGGAAAAGAGUAUAGAAUAUUAUGGCUUUUAUCAGCCUGGCAGAUACAACAUAACUGACUCAGUGCAGUCUCUAACUCGGAAAUCAGUGGAACAUUCAGAACUGGACCAAAUAAGGCUGCUCAAGCGAACAGUAUCAGAAAGUCAGGCACAGGUCAUCUUGUUUGAACAUUCAUCAUUGUAAUUUAUCUCAUUUGAUUUGGUGUUAACUGUGAUAUGAAAGGUCAAGAAAUCAAGAACUCAAUUCUGUAAAAAUACCUCCACCAAUUAAAAUGAACUGCUUAAUAGAACUAUGGAAAAUGGCACAAAUUGGGUUCUGCAUCAACAUUUGCUUACUGAAUGUUUUGAAAUUUAUUGAUUAUUUCAUUAUAUGUCCUAUCUAACAGGAUAAGUUUACUAACCUCAGUCCCUAUUUGCAGUAAUUGUUCACCUAUGCUCAAGAAUACAUGCAGUAUAAAGUACACUUGAAUUUAUUUUGCUGUACUUAAUGAUGUAAGUUCCUACAGAAAUUCCAUAGCUAUUGUGCAGCAAGCAAAACAUCAGUUCUUAGUAGGAUCACAAAGCCAAGAAAUCUUGGGGAAUCAGAAAAGAAUGUUUCAUGUGUUCAUUGUAAUAGUUUCUACUCUUCCUCUAUUAAAUAAAGCACAGGGGAAAAAAGCACAUUUACAGUUAGCAUGUUCAAACUCUUGAGUAAGAGAAAUUUCAAACUAUAUGAAUUCUAUUCACCUGUAGCAUAUUGUAAUAUACGAAGUUUUGUGUUCCGUCUGUAUAACGGAUAUAUUAAAGUGACUUUUUUGUUAGUGUGUAUCUGUAUUGUUUUAUGAAAUACCCCAAAUUAGAGUUAAGAUAAACAAAAUGCUGUGGAAAUUUACCAAAGUGUAAUGACCAAAUUUAUUAUGUCUAAGGUAAUAGAGCUGGUUAAUUAUUGUCAGUAAAAGAUCAUUAUCUGUGUCAUCUAUGUAUUAAUAUUUUUAGGAACUUUUUAGCUCAAUAAGAGGUACAAAUUAAAGAAAUACACUACACUGUAAGUACAUAAUGCUAAAUUAAUGACUGAAAACAUUUACAUAUUUGGUUUAUAUUUGGAGGUGUCAGGUCAAGAUAUGUGUUCUUAGUUAAAGCUUCUUCAAAAUAGGGAUAUAUUCUUUUAUAGUUUGCAUAUAACUUUUUAUUUCUAUUUCAAAUGUUGGUAUUCUGUUGUUGUCAGGUUAUGUCUAGUAUGGUGUACCUCUGUUUUCAACCUGAAUUUCUGUGAUUUUUGUUUUUCUGUUACUUCAAUAAUUCAAACUUUAUUCUGGAAUUAAAUGUCAUAAAAC